AUGGCACCCAUCCGCAUUCCGUCCGGCAGCUACACGAAUUCGAGCGCUGUAUCUGCGGGCGCUUCCACGGCGCCUCCAUCCUCCGGAUGGGACUACAUCCUCAAGUUCAUCCUUAUCGGUGACUCUUCGGUGGGAAAAUCCUCGCUCUUAGUUCGAUUGACCGACGACCGGUUUCUCACCGACCCAGAUCCCACGAUCGGAGUCGAGUUCGGCUCGCAUCUGAUAAGGCUCGACAAUGGAGAAACGGUGAAAGUGCAAGUAUGGGAUACAGCCGGUUCCGAGUCGUUCCGGUCCAUCACUCGAUCGUACUACCGCGGUGCAGCUGGAGCAUUGUUGGUAUACGACGUAACACACCGAGCUAGUUUCCUGAACGUCAAAGCUUGGUUGGACGACGUUAGAGCGCAUGCCGAGGAGAAGGUCAGUGUGGUUCUCGUCGGCAACAUGUACGACCUGGUCGAAGACGAGACACCGACUCGCGAGGCCGAGCAAGAGCAAGAGCAAGAGCCGCACGACGUGCAGUCGAGUGUUGAGAGAAAACGGACUGAUCGGAGGCGAAGCAAAGGUAGCAGGAGGCAAGUGACGUAUCAAGAAGCUGCCGAGCUGGCGGAAAGGGAAGGACUGUUGUUCUUGGAAGCGAGUGCGAAGACGGGUUACAACGUGGUAGAGGCAUUUACGAGAGCGGCGAAAGAUGUGCAUUCCAAGUUUUCACAGGACGACAAUGGAGCAGGAUCACCAGACGCACGAGGCGAAGCGGGGUCGGGAGCCAGGUACGACAGUGCGACGCUUGGCAAAAGGAGCAGGAUGAGAGCGAGGGCAGGAGGCAGGACGUCCGGAACGGUGAGUCUCGACCAGCAGACGGCGCAGCCGCAAGCCAAGAGAAACGUCAGUGGACUUUCUUUCAGGAGUCUCACUGGUGGUGGUGGUGGUGCAAAUGUAGGACAGCACGACGCGGCCGCAGACGCAGAUGCAGACGCAGACGCAGACGGCGCGGAUGCAGUGGGUCAAGCAAGAGCAGCAACUUCAGAAUGCUGCGUUAUUUGCUAG